CCUGCGACUGGUGGAGUUGAGAAGAGCCGAAAGGAUGGAACUGCAGGACCCAAAGAUGAAUGGAGACCUUCCUGCGGGUGCUGUGGGCUACAGGCAGGAACGUGAGGGCUUCCUGCACAGCCAUAAUUCUGCUCCUGGGAGGAAGUCAGCUGAGUUCAUGGAUUUCGAGGGGAAGACAUCAUUUGGAAUGUCAGUGUUCAACCUCAGCAACGCCAUCAUGGGCAGCGGCAUCCUGGGGCUGGCCUAUGCCAUGGCCCACACAGGGGUCCUCUUCUUCUUGGCCCUGCUGCUGUGCAUUGCUCUUCUGUCUUCAUACUCCAUCCAUCUCCUGCUGACCUGUGCUGGUGUUGUAGGCAUCCGAGCAUAUGAGCAGCUGGGACAGAGGGCACUGGGGCCUGUGGGGAAGGUGGUGGUGGCCAUGGUCAUCUGUCUGCACAAUGUUGGGGCCAUGUCCAGUUACCUGUUCAUCAUCAAAUCCGAACUCCCCCUGGUUAUUGGCACCUUCCUGGAAAUGGACCCUAAGGGGAGCUGGUUCUUGAAUGGAAACCUUCUCAUCAUCAUGGUCAGUGUGUUAAUCAUCCUGCCACUGGCCCUCAUGAGACACUUGGGCUACCUUGGAUAUACCAGUGGUCUUUCUCUGACCUGCAUGCUGUUUUUUCUCAUUUCGGUCAUCUAUAAGAAGUUCCAUAUUAGCUGUGAUGUGGGCCACAAUGAGACAGCAGCAGAGAGUAAGAGCCCCCCAGUCCAUCCCAUCCAGGGGCUCAACAUAAGCUGUGAGGCCCAGAUGUUCACAGUGGACUCACAGAUGUUCUAUACAGUGCCCAUUAUGGCUUUUGCCUUUGUCUGCCACCCUGAGGUGCUGCCCAUCUACACGGAGCUCUGCCGGCCCUCCAAGCGCAGAAUGCAAGCUGUAGCCAACGUGUCCAUCGGUGCCAUGUUCUGCAUGUAUGCACUUACAGCCACCUUUGGAUACCUUACCUUCUACAGCAGUGUGGAGGCAGAGAUGCUACAAAUGUACAGCCAGAAGGACCUGCUCAUCCUCUGUGUGCGCCUGGCGGUGCUGCUUGCAGUCACUCUCACUGUGCCAGUUGUGUUAUUCCCUAUCCGCCGGGCCCUACAGCAGCUGCUCUUCCCAAGCAAAGCCUUCAGCUGGCCACGGCAUGUGGCCAUAGCCGUGAUUCUGCUCGUCUUGGUUAAUGUCCUUGUCAUCUACGUACCGACCAUCCGGGAUAUCUUUGGGGUUAUCGGGUCCACCUCAGCCCCCAGCCUCAUCUUCAUCCUUCCCAGUGUCUUCUACCUCCGUAUUGUACCCUCUGAGGUGGAGCCCCUCUCCUCGUGGCCCAAGAUCCAGGCUCUGUGUUUUGGUGUCUUGGGGGUCCUCUUCAUGGUGAUCAGUCUAGGCUUCAUGUUUUUCAACUGGGCCACAGGCCGGAGCCAUGUGUCUGGACACUGAUUGUGCCCUGUUCCAGCAAGAAUCCUGUGUGCAUGCAUCUCUGUGUGUGGAGGAAGAUGGGGCCACUCUACCAGGUCCCUCCUGUCUGGUGUGUGAAGGUGGCUGGUUCCCAUUAACAUGGCUGUCGGAAGUAGGUGGCCACAGAGACUGCAGAGUGGUCCACUGUCCUCCCCAGGGAUGCUGAGCUUGGAUCAUGGUCCUAAUCUCAACUCCACAGGAGCAGGAGGAGGCCAGGUCCUCAGAGAGCCCCUGCCCAGCCCAGUCCUUUUUGCCUCCUCCUGGUAGAAUCUGUCAGGAUUACACUCAAGUUAAAGGGGAAA